UAAUGUGUACAUGAUAUGGUUGGUAGAGACAGAGAUCGCGGUCGUGGUCGUUGCCGUGGCCGAGGCCGAAAGGGGAGGCCUAGGCUUUCUACUGGUCAACCCCUUGACUUGCAUGCGGAUCCAUACUCUCUCGUUGGGUCAUCAUCCGACAUGACUGCUCCGACCAAUGGGAGACCGCCACCUAUUGCUACUACUACCCCCUCCCGUCAGGAGCCUCAGAUACACAUUAUGCCUACUCCGGGUGUGCCAAGAUCAUGCACUCAACAAGCCAAUGAACCUUCCAACAUUGCCUCACAUGGUGUGAAGAGUGAUCCAGCUGUUGUAGUUCCCAGUCGAGCAGGAUCUUGUGGGGAAAGACAAACCACAUCUAAUAGUACUCAAGAUGCUCAGGGUCAAGGAACAUCCACUGCCACUGGUCACUCCAGCAUAAGUGCUCCGAAGCUCAGAUAUGAUCGUGCCAAAUGUUGGCACCCACCUAAGCCUAGAUUGAAGCAUAUUUCUCAGGUUUUUAGGAAAAACUACAACAAGCAUUGGCUGAGUUUUGAUGAGGCAGAUUAUGAUACUCGAAAAAUAUGGUGGACUGAGUGGAGGAAAUGCUUUGACAUUAUUGAUACGGAGGAGGAUGAUAUCUAUCAAGCUUGGAGGUUUAGGGAUGCCAAGCGCUUGUGAGGUAUGCUCCAUGCCAUUCGCAAAAAAGGUGCCCGUCCAUAUUGGAUCCCACCAGAAGUUCUUGGUGAAUUGAUGAGACGUUGGUACACUGAUGCCUAUAGACAAUUACAGGCGAGAAAUACAACUGCUAGGAAAUCGACUCGAGGUACUUCCCUUCACACUGCAGGAGGCACCACCUUUCCAGAAGCGAGAUUACGCUUGAAUCAUUCGCUUGGAAGACCAUCACGUAUGGAUGAGUUUUUUGAGCACACUCAUACUCGCAAAGAGGAUAGGACUCAAUGGGUUGAUGAACACUCCCAAAAGACAAAGGAUAUAUUUCAAGAGCGUAUGUUUCAGGCUGAGCAAGAGCGGCAGGCUGCUAUAGAGGCUGGUGUAACUAAUCCACCGGCUGUCUCUGAGUAAAGCAUAUGGAUUGAGAUAGUGGGUGGAAAACGAAGAGGUAGGGUAUAUGGUAUGGGUGAGGUAAGGGACUCUUCCAUGGUGUGGCCUCGAGUUGAUGGGCCAACCACGACCACCAGCGCUGAUGUUUUGGAUCUUAGAGAACGAAUCAUAAUACUCAAUAGGGAAGUUGAAAAACAUGCCGCUAAAUAUAGAGAGCUUGAAAAUCGCUACCAAAGGGAGAAAAGAGAGUGGCAACAAACAGUUGAAUCCUUGCGUGAGGAUCUCAACACCAGUAACUCACAGAUGGAUCAGUUUAGUCAUCAAUUGAGCAGCUUGACUGAGUAUGUGAGGGCCACGGGUCCUAGUAGUUCUGGAUCACGUAUUCCCCCACCUCCUCCUUUUAUUUUUUCAAGCUCUUAGAAAAGCACAGCUCUAGCCGCAGUCCCAACCCCAGCCUCAGGUAGAAAACUCCCACCUAUUCUGCAGCGACCAGGACAACCACAGAGUUCUCAAAGGGAGGAUGAUUCUGACGAUUUUGAUGACUCGGAUGAUUAUUUAGACGAGUAUGAGUAGGUUAUUUAAUUACUUUACUUGGAAUAUUUUGUAUUAUUAGUAGAUUGCAAUUUAAACGAAUAUAAGUCUAAGUUUAGUUAUUUA